AUGCUUCCCGAGCACGAGAACGUGGGCACCGUAUUGCUCGACAUUGAGGGAACUGUUUGCCCUAUCUCUUUCGUCAAGGACACUCUGUUCCCUUACGCCUUGAAGGCCCUUUCAAGCGUCAUCCAGGAACGAUGGAACUCUGCAGACUUCAAACCAUACCGUGAGGCUUUCCCUGCCGAGGCACAAGCAUCCCCAGAGGCCUUUGAGGCCCACGUCAAGGACCUGACAGCUCGUGAUGUCAAGAUUGCCUAUCUCAAGAAUCUGCAAGGCUAUCUAUGGCAGGCCGGCUACGAGAACGGCGCUUACUCUACCCCCCUGUUUGACGAUGUCACUCCUCAGCUCGAGCACUGGAGUGCCUCAUCCAAGCAGCUAGUCAUUUAUUCCUCAGGCAGCAUCUUCGCACAGAAGCUCCUGUUUGGGCACGUUCAAGACCCGCUCGGCGGAGCGGAUGAGAAACGUACGCAAAACCUCCAGGGAUUGAUCGACAACUGGUUCGACACGACCAAUGCCGGCCUAAAGCAUGAUGCUAGCAGCUACACCAAGAUCGCCGAGGAGUUGGGCAAGCCUGCUGACACCAUCCUCUUCCUGAGCGAUAAUGUCAAGGAGGUGCAGGCAGCCAUUGAGGCAGGUAUGCAGUCUGUGAUUGUUGACAGACCUGGCAAUGCCCCUCUCAGCGAAGAAGACAAGGCCAAGUACCAGGUGAUCAACACGCUGAAUGAGAUCAGCCUCUCUCCUGCACAGAUUGACUACAGAUUCUUCAAGCGAUAG